GUUUGACGAUAACAUUAACUUGGUAGUUCUCUAGCCUACGUUUGUACUGUUUCGCCUUGUCCAAUUUUAUUUCCCAGUGUUUCGGACGUCGGCUAGCACUUACCGUGCGUGCAAUUUGUCCAAGCUGGAGAAAUGGAAGAAAAGAGUUGUGCAGUAGGAAGAGAUUCUAAAUUGCUUGGUGGGAAUCCAAGCAGAAAGAGAACUUCCGACUCAAAACACAGGACCUCUUCUGACAGGACGAGGAUAAAGGAUGCUACAGAGAAAAAACACAAGAGCAAUCGCAGGGAGAAGGGUGGGAAGCACAGUGGACUGGCCGUUGUGGUAUCAACACAGGUUAGAGGUACCCACUCAGAUUCGCACUGCAAACCUCUACAGGAGUCCAAAAUAACAAGUUCUGAGAAACUCGCCUGUCAUGUAACGGCCGAAUCAGGGAACAGUGAAGGGGAUGUUGGUACAGAGGUCUUUGACAGCAGUAUGGAUGCACACCCAUCGGCUUGUAGGAACUAUACAGACAUAAACAACAACAUAUUUGCUGUGAGUGAGGAAUUGGAAGGGAAGAGGUCAAUUGACAGUGCUGUGCGUCAAAAUAUGACUUCAGAAAGGUCAGCACCUACCAAGAAAACAAUCCAUACAGAGGUAUCAAAAAUGAAGAAGGACAAAAAAAAGCAUAAAUUCAAAUGUAGCAAAGAGUGGACUUGCGAGAUGGGGAAGAAUAGUGGGAAGCCCAUGGAGAAAACAAAGGACACUUUGCUAACAAAGAGCAGAUCCAAGAGUGAAUCACAGCCUGAAAAAGACAAGUCCCAUAAAAGUAAAUCAAAGAAAAAAGAGACAAAAGGCAAAGAUGCCGUUGAUGCAGUUAAGGAAGAAAUGGAUGAAUGCUCUGUUCAAGACUAUGGUGAACUAAGAGAGGACACACAAGCUGAGAUUAAAACUUUGAAGAAAGCACAGAGCAACUGGCAGAACAUCAAAGGCGAAUCUCACAAAGAGAAAGUGGAUAUAGCCAAUCCUAUGAAGAAGAGGAAAAAUGACAAAGGACGAAGUGUGAAGAUGGGAACAGAGGAUGAAAAGACCUUGAGAAAAGGUCAAGAAGAGGGGAAAUCUAGCCAUAAAAAUAAGCGAAAAAAGGACACUGCAGAUGCAGAUGAACCCAAGAAAAAAAAGGGGAAAAUUGGGAAGCAGAGUAUGGUCCAGAAGUCUGCUGUAGCUAAGAAAGAUGAGGCCAGGCUGUGGAAAUGGUGGGAGGAGGGACAGUCUCUCGAUGGGCAAAAGUGGAAGACUCUUGAGCACAAGGGACCUCUGUUCCCACCAGAAUACGAAUCAUUACCACCGAAUGUAUCUUUCUAUUACAACGGGAAGCCUGUCAGACUGAGUGUAGCUGCAGAGGAAGUGGCCACCUUCUAUGCCAAGAUGUUGGACCAUGAAUACACCACCAAGGAAACCUUUCAGAAGAAUUUCUUCACUGACUGGAAAAUGGAAAUGACACGUGAUGAAUGUGAUAUGAUCAAAGAUCUCUCCAAGUGUGAUUUUCGGGAGAUCCACAAGUACUUUGUGGACAAAGCAGAGGAGAAGAAGGCGUUAAGCAAAGAGGAGAAAAAGGCUCUUAAGGAGGAAGCCAACAAGCAAACAGAGGAGUAUGGCUACUGCCUUCUUGAUGGGCACCGUGAAAAGAUUGGCAACUUCCGGGUGGAGCCACCUGGCCUAUUCCGUGGCCGUGGGGAGCACCCCAAGAUGGGAAAACUGAAGAGGAGGGUCAUGCCAGAGGACAUUACCAUAAACUGCAGCAAAGAAUCAAAUAUCCCAGUACCUCCUAAGGGCCACCGCUGGAAGAAGGUCCAGCAUGACAACACCGUAACUUGGCUGGCCUCCUGGGUGGAGAAUAUACAGGGGAGCAUCAAGUAUAUUAUGCUUAACCCCAGCUCCAAACUUAAGGGUGAAAAGGACUGGCAGAAGUAUGAAAUUGCUCGCAAACUAAAGCUUAAGGUGGCCAUGAUCAGAAGACAGUAUCAGAGUGACUGGAAGUCUCGGGAGAUGAAGAAGAGGCAGAGAGGGGUUGCUGUGUACUUCAUAGACAAGCUGGCCCUUCGUGCAGGUAAUGAGAAGGAGGAGGGAGAGAGUGCAGACACUGUGGGUUGCUGCUCUCUGCGUGUGGAGCAUAUCACCCUACAUGAGGAGUUGGAUGGCCAGACGUGGGUAGUGGAGUUUGAUUUCCUGGGAAAGGACUCAAUUCGGUACUACAACAAAGUGCCUGUGGAGAAACGCGUUUUCAAAAAUUUAAAGCUGUUCAUGGAAAAUAAAAGCCCAGAAGAUGAUCUGUUUGACAGAAUAAAUACUGUUUACUUGAACAAGACGCUGAAUGAGUCAAUGACUGGGCUAUCGGCUAAAGUGUUCAGAACAUUCAAUGCCUCCACCACUCUGCAAGAACAGCUGAACAAGUUGACGCAUGUUGAUAUGUCCGUGGAUGAGAAGAUACUGUCAUACAACCGUGCAAAUAGAGCUGUGGCCAUACUCUGCAACCACCAGAGGGCAGCACCAAAGACCUUUGAGAAGUCCAUGCAACUUCUACAGGAGAAGAUUGCCCAGAAGCGUAAACAAUUGGAUGAAGCUAAGGAAGAGCUGAAACAAGUGCAGACUCAGGACAGUGACUGUAGUACCGACAAAUCAAGAAAGAUGGUGGAGAAUAAAGAGAAAGCUGUGAAAAGGCUGAAAGAGCAGUUGAAGAAACUGCUGCUUCAGAUGACCGAUAAAGAGGAGAACAAGGUCAUUGCUCUUGGCACGUCCAAACUCAACUACCUGGACCCCAGGAUCUCUGUCGCUUGGUGUAAAAAGUUUGAUGUUCCAGUUGAGAAGAUUUACAACAAAACACAAAGGGACAAGUUUGCAUGGGCUAUCGAUAUGACUGAGGAGGACUACCAGUUCUAAUACUCAAAUCAUUUUUGGGUCAUGCUUGGUUUUCUUCCAUUUUUUGUUGGCUUUUUUAAUGAAAAGAAACAUUGCAGUUUUGGAGAAAAAAAAACAACAGCAACAAAAAAAACUACUGUUUAGUCUUGACCCAUUGUGUGGCUCUAGGGAGAUUUAUAAAGACAACUUGGAUACAAAACUAAGAACUUUGAUACAAUUUUCAGAUUAAUUUGAAUGGCUAUUGAUACUAAAUUUCCCCAAAAAAUAACUUCCAUUGUUUUUCCAUUGCAUCAAACUUGAAAUCUUCUUCAUUAAGGCUGUUACUAUUCAUUCUUUUCUUGAAAUACUUGAAUCAUUGCUUUCCUACCAAGCAGAAAAUAAACAUUUGUGCUCAAUAUUUCCUGGUGGGAAAACGUUUGCUCCAGAAUUUGGUCAUUAGGCUGUUCAUUGAAUGUGUCACCUGCAUAACGCUGGAUUUCAUAUGAUCAUCACAUUGGAAAUUAAAAAAUGAAUGAACA